AUGGCUUUAGAAACACCAUCCUCAGAGGUGGCUUCACCAACACAAUCACCAGGCCCUGAGACGAAUGAAAAAAAUGAUUCGCUUACCGAAGACUUCGCCUUGGGCCGUAGAGGGAUCCUAGUCUUUUCCACGCUCGCAGUGUUGACCUUGAUGGCGGCUUUGGAUGGAACGUCUAUCUCGGUCGCACUUCCGAUAAUCGCAAAAGAACUCAAUGGCACCGCAAUUGAGGCUUUCUGGAGCGGAACCUCGUUCCUGCUCUUGUCAACGGUUUUCCAGCCGAGCUUCGCAUCCUUGUCUAACAUUUUCGGCCGACGACCUAUGAUCAUGACCUCGCUGGUUUUCUUCUUUGUGGGUGCCGUUGUCUCAGCUGUCGCCAAAGAUUUCACAUAUAUGCUUGUUGGUCGCUCAAUUCAAGGCGUUGGUGGUGGCGGCAUCAUCGCCCUCACGGAAAUUAUCGUUACAGACAUCGUCCCACUGCGCCUCCGGGGACAGUACUUUGGUAUUCUCAGUGCAAUGUGGAGUAUUGGAUCGGUUACAGGUCCUAUUCUCGGUGGUGGGUUUUCACAGAACGUCACCUGGCGCUGGAUCUUCUAUAUCAACUUUCCCUUCAUCGGUGUCGGUGCUAUUUUCGUUCUCCUUUUCCUCAGACUAAAUAUCAUACCUACCUCCCUAGCUCAGAAGCUCCGCCGUAUCGACUAUAUCGGCACGGUUGUUUUCGUCGGCAGCAUUUCUUCCUUCCUUAUCCCACUCACAUGGGGUGGUGUCCUUUAUUCCUGGUCGUCAUGGAGAACUCUCGUCCCUCUCCUCAUCGGCGUAGCGGGUCUUUCUAUCUUCGCAAUCCAUCAAGCUCGGUUUGCUACUGAUCCCAUCAUCCCACCAACCAUAUUUCGCAAUCGCACCGCAACAAUCGCUUUCAUUGGCAGUAUCCUACAAGGCCUUGUACUUUGGUGUGCCCUCUACUAUCUUCCCCUCUACUAUGAAACUGUGAAAGAAUAUUCUCCCAUCCUCUCCGGCGUGGCGCUUUUUCCACAAACUUUCACGGUCGCCCCUUCAGCCGUUGUUGUUGGAAUUCUUAUUACUACCUUUGGCUCCUAUCGCUGGGCGAUCUGGGCCGGUUGGGCCUUGUCCACCCUGGGUCUGGGUCUCAUGUGCUAUAUUAAGGUGGACACCUCUGUUCCCGCGUGGAUUUUUCUUAACCUUGUGUCUGGAUUGGGCCUAGGGUUCCUUUUCCCUUCAUUGGCAUUUGCCGUGCAAGCGUCCGCUACGAACGAGAAUCUAGCCAUCGCCGUGGCAAUGUUCAGCUUCUUCCGCGCCUUAGGGCAGGCAAUCGGCGUGGCGAUUGGCGGGGUCGUAUUUCAAAAUCAGAUGCACAAGAAUCUACUAAGCUACCCAGAGCUAGCGCCCAUGGCAGACGCUUAUAGCCAAGAUGCCGCUGGACUGGUGCAGGUAAUCAAGGCGAUGUCUCCCGGGGAGACCAAGUCGGAUUUGAAGGCAGCGUACACGGAUAGCUUGCGGAUAGUGUGGGCCGUCUGUUGUGCGGUGUGCGGAGUUGCGUUGUUGUUGAGCUUGUUCAUCCAGCAUUAUGAUUUGGACCAGGCGUUGAAGACAGAGCAGGGAUUAAGAACAGAAAAGACACAGGCUGCUGAUGAGGAGGGUGUGAAGCAGUGA